AUGAAUGCCUGUCUCCCUCAAGUCGAUCUGUGCUCAUUGGUGGCCCAUUCAAGCAGUGGAUUUUGUAUCAAUACUUGGGAAAAUGGACAGUUAAUCACCGCGCCGCAUGACGAGUGGAAUGAAUUUAUGGAAUUGCUUAUCUCAAAAAGUUUAGUAUGCAGACAUGAUGCAUUGGAUGGAAAUCUGGACUGGGUUCCGGAUGGAACAUUAGAAACUCAGAGACGUCUAGUUCGAGCGUCUGUACCCAUCAUCUUGUUCUCACGAUUACGGGAUGGCUAUAAGCUACGGCAUGUUCGCUUGUUACGAUACAAAAGUAAUACCAACCCGGAAUCCUGUGGUUCACUCACCAAAUCCAGUACAGAAACGCAGACAGAAACUACUGAAAAAUCUUUUCAAUUCAUAACCCACAGUGUUCAAGUGGAACUCACCAUGCUUUGGAAAGUUGGAAUCAAAUUCGUAAUCCACAUUCGUGGUUUAUGGCCGGAUUUACAUAGAAUUGCUGAAUUAGAGAGAAUAAACUUCGGUUUUGAUGAAACGGCAUCAGAUACUUCAUUGGCCCUGCAUUUGAAAAGUCGUUUGACUGAGAACUCUUCAACUGACAAUCUUCACACUUGUGUGGUAUCAUUUUCAAUCUCAGCCAACUAUUCUUUUUUACAUGAAGUAACUUGCAAACGAAAGUAUCCUGUACAAAAUUUCAAUCGGGCAUCAACUAUCAGCAGAUUUGUGAUGUAUCAUCGACACUUAUCAGUCACUGAUCAACAAAUUGAACACAUUUUCAAAUUUUGGCAACUCGGAACUCUUUCUAAAGUAUUAGAGCAGUUACCUAGCGGAUUGUCAUCUGUGUUCACAGUGAUUCCCGAUACUUCGGGAAAAUUGAUUGCGGUACCUAGCCUACUCGCUCAUCGUCUUAGUGCUAAUAGUGAUCUGGCCGGGUCCGUUAUUGAAAACAGGUCACAGUUUUUCCAUUUCUGGCGUCUUUUCAUUGAGCGUGAUCUUUUGGAAUGCUAUCGAUGGCUUCAAAUUAAGAACAUUUAUGGCAUUUUGGAACAUGAUUCACCUUUACCACCUAAUUUACACCUUCCUCCCGAGGGAGAUCGGUACACAGCAACGGUGACUUGCCGUCAAUCUCUUGAUCGACUACAUGCUUUUUUGUCGCAGUGGUGCACAUUCACGCUUUUGGAAACUACUGUCUACGUUCGACUUCUGUUUCUGGAUGAUCCAACCUUGCGUUUCAUCCCAUGUGCAGCUGAUUUGGCUACUGUAACUGAAACGCAGCCAUCUAUUUCGCCAAAUGACGUAGGAUUUGUGAGUAAAUCCCGACCCGUUCUCUCUGAUCACUUAUCGUUUUUUUGCGUUAUACGCGUGGAACUUAAAAUUCCGGAAUUCCGUCUCAGAGUGGGCUUUGUAAUCGGAACGCCUCCACAAAUGCAGAAUGAAGUCAUUUCUCAACUAAGAGAACAAAUUUCGGCUUUACACUUUCCACCACGAGGACGCCAAGCUAUACCGAAAUCGCGACACAAAUCCGGAGCACCGUUGCCCAAUAAUGAAUGGUGUUCCGUACCGCCACUUCAGCGUUCCUGGGAAGACACACCAUGCUGCACCAUUUUUCAUAAUCGUCUUGACAGGUUGAUUGUCAACACUGGUGUAUGGAGCAAACGUUUAUUCAUUGGCUAUCGUUCGCUCACACCCAGGAGCGAUCGUCUUGCCGAACAACAGUUUAGGGAUUGUUGCCCUCUCGGUCGUAUUCAGCGUCCUGGUUUAGAGCUAUCCCUACUCAGUCAACACUUGCACCAUGAAAGCAAAAUCUGGGUUAUUCAACCGACCACAUUUUCUGAUACUGCCCUACGCCUUCUGUUUUGCAGCUUGAUCAAUCUCCGUUUUCAGGAGGGCUUUCAUUUGGUACGUGCUGGCCCACAAACUGGCUUUGUCAGUUUAGCGACGGAAAUUGAGUUUUGUUCCUCCGAUAAAGACCAGGCAAUAAAAUGUUUGGUCCAAUAUCAGCUGUACCCUCUGGGUGAUGCCCGACUAAGCGAUAUCGAGACAGCGGCCGCUCCAUCUUUUUCAGCAUUGGAUAAUCGUCUUAAGGAAGCGAUCACGCAAGUUAUUGUCGCUCAGAAGUCUAGAUGUUCGAAAGAAACAGAUUCUUGUUCAAUUUUUGAAUUACCGUAUGAUGCGAGUGGGCGUUCGAAUUACGUUUUCAAAUUUGUGCAGUUAGUCACGGAAUUGUGGAUUCAACCCGUGGAAGGUAGAGUGGCCCACUGUUCUACAGAAACCCGUCAUUGGGAGGGUUCUUCUUUCACAGAGCUUUCUAAACAUAUUUUUGACGUGGAUCGACGAUGUGUUUUUGCUUAUGCUACGUUAGAACGUCUGGACACUAUACUUCGUUCAUCUGUCUCAUCAUCUAUGACUGUUCGUGCCGCCACCGGAAAUUCAACGGCUUACGUCAAAUUGGACUCUGUUUUGGGUUCCUUGGCUCCUGAGGCUUCAGUGGAAUGGGCUCGAACACAUCUCGCUGAUUUAACAGCUCUAUCGCCUCAUGUUAUGCUACUGUAUUCUCUCCUGGAACCGUUGCCUCAUGAAUCUUCUGAUUUAUCUGGUACUGAUUCAACUGCCAACGAUUUUCUUUUGUCUCAGUUCUGCGAGUCGUUAUUAUGCGCGAAUGAAGCCAGAGAAAUAUAUAUGAGCCAAGAAGAUUCAGAGGAAUACACCAAAGGCCUAUGCGUGCAUGGUGCAGAUCAGGUGCUCCUUGCUGAGCACCCCCAAUGGAGGUGCUUCAUACUGCCCGGUUCGAUAAGUGCAGAUACAGUUGCUGGUUGUGCUCCACCCGAGGAGGAAUGCAAUCCCCUUGUCACAGUCAUAUUUGUACCGAAGCUAUACAGAGAUGCGUCCAGUGAAGUUGUCAAGCGUUACUUAACCAACUGGGGCUCUCUGAUUCUUUCGGACGCACCAUUUCUGCCGGUAUUUGUGUAUGCGUGCUCACGCGUAUACCUAUCCUUUCUAAUCGAUGACCGGUGGACGUACAAGGUUCCUCAAACGUCCUUUUUUGAUCUUAGACACAAUCGCGAUCAUCAGGUGGAAGCAGAAGCGAAUGGUACACCACACUCUGUUGGUGAAGAAAUUCCUUUAAACGCCUCGGAUAAAUUUCUCGGUGUGGGCCGUCAGAAUUUACGCCUUACACAGGAGCUGAACCAUCUUUGGUCAAGUCUUAGUAAAGCUAUUCGCUUCACGUCUCGCAUACAUUUGGAUUCUUUCAUCUUCUCGGUAUAUCAUUGUCUUAAUCUACGCACUCCGGUAAGUGAUCGUGAUGUGGAAUAUGUUCUACGCAAAGCAGAACCUCGUGCAACUUCGAAAGUUUUAUCUGUGGAUUUGAACCCUCUGCUCUUGUUAACAUGUGAACAGUUCCUGUACCCGCUGCAGAGAUGGUUAAACCAACAACAACAGCAACAGAAGUCUGCGAACGGUGUUUCGGUUGCAAAUGAUGCUCUUCAGACGAUCCUUUCACAUACUGGACCAAAUUUCUCCCAAUGGGGUACGGUAGUUAAUAUCCCCAUUGACAUGGAAAGUAGCAUUUCGAAAUCAGCGGGCAGUUGUUGUCGGGAUCGAUAUUCAAAAUAUCAACAAAUUAUGGACCGUUAUUUGAGUAAACUGGAAAAACAUGACACUCUGUUCAUUGUGUCGAAGAGCCCAUAUAAAUCUCAAUUCAGCAGUCGAACUGCUAACUGCCGCUUUGAAGAAGAGGCAGCGGCUGAUCUGGACCAAUCGUUUCGCGAUACAAAUAUACACUCUCGUUCAGUUCAUUCGGAUAAUAAAGUCAACCAGGAGUGCGACAAAAGUAAGGAUGACGGUAGUAAUGUGAAGAAUGAGAUUAGUCGAAAGCGAAAUCUCACCGAUGUCGCUGAAGCCAAUUUGAUUCACAUCGUUAAACAAUGGUUCACUACGUCCGUUUGUUUGACCGAAAUGGAAGAACCAUUAUUCGUUAAGAUUGUUGCUUUUGUUAUAUAUGAUAACUAUGCGAUCCCGGUACACCUGAAUAACGGAUUGCCGCUGUUUUGUUUUAUCCAAGUGAAAAAUGCACUCAAAGAAUUGAUCAAGUCGCAUAAGUUGGAAUCCACUUUAUUCGACUUGUCACAGUUAAAGUUCGAAUUGCAAAUUUCCAUUUUGCAUUGGCCCCGCCAUUUCGAAUCGCAAACCAGUUCCGAGUUCAAUGCAACAGUGAUGGACACAAAAUCAACAACAACAGUCUCAAAGCCAUUUGAGAAGAUGGAUGCGCCGCUUAGUGGUUCUGGCGCAUGCACUGAUGCUAUGGAAAAUUAUACAUGUCCAUUGCUUAUUGAAGACGCAGUAGAGGUUGUUUCUUCAUGGUCUUCGCAAUCCAGAUUAUCGCUGUUAACCUCGUUCCAGCGUGCUGCUGUGUGCCAGUUUAUCUGUCGUCUGUUGUGGCAGAUGGAAGAUGACGUUGUAUGUAGUUUGCGGACACUGAAACCAGUUCUGGUUCCUUCAAUAGAAUUUGUGCUUCGGCAUGUCGAGGCCACAGAUAAAUUAUAUUACACCCCAAUGUUUGAUGACUGCGGUUUAAUUUACUCGGAAACGUGCCAGAUGGGUCCGAGUCGUGUUGAUUCCAAUAAAAUGGAGCAUUUGUUCGCGGGCUCUGGAGCUGAUCGAAAAGACUUUGCUAGCGAUACGAUCAAUGCCUGCACCGGGAGCUUCGUUGAACCGGAAAAAAUGAUAAAACUCGAUCGUAUCCCUUUAGAAUUUGUUUCUUUCUCUCCUGAGAUCUUCUCUUAUUUUGUGCGGCAGUUUGAAAAGAUAUUCGUUACAGCUGAUACGUGUUUAGAGUAUCUCGAGGGAUACUACUUUGUUCGCUCAACAUCUACACGCCCCAGAAUCAGCGCUUCUGAUCGCAGCCGAGCAGUGUCGGUUCACAACAAGCCGGACGUAACCUAUCAUCCUUUAUUGGACGCAAUUAUCCGACGAAGAUCGUCAGAUCUCGCAACCAGGCCAUCACGGAUUCCUCGAACGAUGGACGAUCUGAAUAAUGGGUUGUCAGUGGCCCCCAAAAGUCCCCCGAUUAGAAUGUACCCUCGUCGGUAUUCUUCUCAGUCAGCGCAAACCAAAUCAAGGCAAUACAAUCCAGCCAGUGUUCAUGCUCCGAGUAGUUUGGGCUAUGACGGGGAUACAAGCGACCUCGGAGAGGGAUGUGAUGGGCUUAUGCCUGGUUCAUGUCCUGCUCGGAUUCCAUGCCAGGUUCACACUAAGCGAUCAAAUGAGCUAUUAACGAAUUCCGAGGGAUCCAAACUCAUGCCGCGCGCUCAUCCGCAAAAAAAAGUGCAUUAUUACACUGUCAACCAUCAAGAAGUUCUUCCGUAUUGGCUCAUAUUUCGAGUUUGUGCAAACUCCGUGUCUUUGUUCUUCCAUCAAUCAAAUCCUUUUGUGACGCAAGUACCAUUAGGAUGUUUGCAGGAGACUGAUAUUGACCCUACUUUCAACUCGAUCAACACAUUCACUCCUGGUAACCUAGCUGCGUUCCAUUUUGCCUGCAAAAGCAUUCAUUCGGUAAUGAAGUUAGUUAAUCAGCGGAUUUUGCUGAACAAACUGCGGAAUGAAGGUUUUUGUGAUGAACUUCUUAUGCCUAAACUCUCUGAUGUGUCUAGAGAUCAAGCUGUGGGUCGUAAAGGUAUCCAAUUCGCACCAGGUGAUAAACAUUUCAAAUCUCCCGUCGGGCGUUCACGAGGUCUUCAAAGUCCAAGUGGCAGGGCUCGCCGUACACAGCAUCCACAGCAGCUACUUCCCGUAAACUCGUUCUCCGAUGACUCUUCAGGGGAAGAAGCCGCGGGUCCGGUUUGCACGACGCGCAUUGUUAGGGAGAGAAGGAAUCGUAGUACGGCACUGUCAUCAACAAGUCGCGUGUCAGCUCAUAGUGGAAAUUGCUCCGGUGGUGCUUGGCCUCCGGGUUAUUUUGCCUGUCCAGUUCAAACGGUCAGUUAUAUACGCUUGCAUCCACGCAUCUUAGCUGCAACAGCUCAUGUCGGUCAGAAGGAUAGGGGUCGCCAAAUCGUGUCUGCUUUACGGUGCUUGUUGGAAAAGCCAGCAAUCAAUAAUCGUCCGGAUAUGUUUUUCCUAAUAGACCAAGCACCGAGCGGGUUGAGUUCCGAACCGUCCGCUGGCUUUGUGGGUGCUACUGCUCAAAAUUCGUUGCCUACCGGAACAGUCAGCUCACUAGAUGAAGUCCCAGUUUUCUAUAUGAUACUUAAAGAGGGCACCCCUCAGUCAUUCAAGAUAGAUACGACCGGAGGUUCAUCUUAUGACAAAUGUCGUUUGGAUCCAUCACUUAUGGUAGAUACAGGAGUAGGUGAAAUUGACUCCAUGGAUGAUCCACAGAUGUCUGGUGUUGACGAUUCUAAAUCGGCUGGAGGGAUAACGAAAGUUCUUCAGUCCCUCUCUCCAAAUCAUCUUCUUUCCCGUUCCCGAAACUCAGAUGAUCUUUUCCUCCAAAUUACUCUACACGGAAUCGACACACCUAGUCUUCGCUUGUGCAAUUUCGUGCGGCAAAUACUUCAACAACUCUUGGAUGAUCUAGUACUGCAGCAUUUUUCUGAUGGUCUUUCACGCAAUGCCAUCAAUCGUCUCACUGUAGAGGACUUAAAUUUUCUAUCGAAUCGCCAACCCAGUUGUCCACAACAUGAGUGUCUUAUUGUUCUGCCUCGAUUCUUGAAUAAACCAACGGAAUUGGUCCCACAUGUGCCUUACGGUCCACAUCAAUUGGUUUUGGCUUUCUGUCACUACUUACGACAAAAUCUGUUACUCUUUCUCGCAGCAGUGAAACUAGACUCAGAUACACAAUCUGUUACUGGUCACCAAUUCAUGGAAUGGUUUCUGUAUAAUCGUCCUCGUGCUCAAGGUGUAGCGAAGCCAGGCGUGGCCACACUUUUAUUCCAAUUGGUCAUCUCUAGUGCGAAUACCGACGGGACUGUAGGAACCCAUCCUUACCGAGUGACCGACUGGACUUUGCCUAUCGAGCCUAUGCCCUCACUAGGGGAUUGCACAACCACGACAGUAGAGCUAUAUCAGAAGGCAAUCGUUGAUGUCUGCGAGUGGUCUCGAGACCAACCAGCUCCGUUUGAUUCUGCCUCUGGAUCGCGUUUGAUGCUCUCACUUCGGCUGUGGCAACGUGGUGAUGCGGAUAUGAAUGGACUAAAAACCCGGAUUGGAACAGCCGUCACACACAGUCUGUACGACUUGAUAACGGAGUUCUUCGUACUUACUUCACCCAUCAAACUUCUUGAAGGUGUUUUGAGGCCUAAUCAGAGUUCGACUGAAUUCAACGACAAAAGCACAUGUGUGCCAAUGAAUCCGCAUUUCGCCGCCGUCGUGCUGCCGUGGUUUGGAGAGGGCAGACGCAUCGACACUCCGCUGGUGAUGAAAACAGAAGUGCAGUUGUCUUCAGGCAUUCUGAUGGAUCAGUUCCUUACUGACUUUCUAAAUCCGUUUGGCAACAGUUUAAAACAAAUUGGUGCAAGUGCAGAUCCAGAUGGCUCGCUUCUUCUGACCGAUAAAGCGGGGUCCGCCAAACCGAACCAAAACUUGACGUCCACUCCACUUGGACCAGGUACACCAGCUUCUCUGGUUAGUCAUGGUGCGUAUUUGAGUGAGGUGUUUUUCCACGUAUUCUCCAAGGAGAGCAAAACACACAACGAGUACUGGUUGAAGCGUCAACAGCAGCAACAAUAUCGCGCUAAAAUUACAUCAGGAUCGACAACAACCAGGCCGGGCUCAAUGCGUCGAUACUUGGUGGUUGGCAGAAACACUACUGCUUGGAGGCGUAUUGUGCAGCGCGCAUCGACGAGUUCCGGAUGCAUCGCGGUUCAUGAAUGUCUGAGUGCCCCAGGUAAGCUUUUCUCUGGUCAGAAUUUUCUGUGA